UAGACCUGAUCGCUUCAUUUCUCUCUCUCUUUUUACCAUUGUUUUCGGUUCAGGGAUCUUCUUGACGGAGGGUCUUUGUAAUAAAAUGUCGUCAGGUCACUCUCAAUCUUCCCUUCACCAUUGCUUUAACCCUUCUUUAUAAUCAAACCAUUCUCCCACAAUUCUCUCAGGGCUCAGAGACUCUCAGAGAACAAAAAUGAAGAACACCAACAAUUACACUAAACUCAUCCUCCUUCACCCUUAUAUCCAAAAACAAGGAAGCUCCAAUCGGAUAUGGCUUCUGGCUUUUGUCUCCUUCUUCACCCUAGCAUUCCUGGGUACGCUAAUUUACACCCGAGAAUCAUCUUCUUCGAUCACCAAGGUAUCCAAAAUCUCCAUAGUUUCUUCAUCCUCUUCUUCUCCAACCCCUGGUUCUGGGUUACCAGUCACCGUGAUAAACACACUUCUGCAUUAUGCUUCGAAGUCCAAUGACACAUUCCAUAUGCCACACUCAGACCUCAAGCCCAUCUCCGAUGUGCUUCGAAAAUGCUCUUCCCCUUGCAACCUCCUCAUCUUCGGCCUCACACACGAGACCCUCCUGUGGAAAGCCCUGAAUCACAAUGGAAGAACGGUGUUCAUCGAUGAAAACCGCUACUACGCAGCGUACUACGAAGAAUUGUACCCUGAAAUUGAUGCCUACGAUGUGCAGUACACAACCAAAAGGAGUGAAAUGAAGGAGCUUCUAGUUUCAACGAAAGAGCAGGUGACAAAGGAGUGUAAGCCAGUACAGAACUUGCUGUUCUCAGAAUGUAAGCUGGGACUCAAUGACCUUCCGAACCAUGUGUACGAGUUGAGCUGGGACGUGAUACUGGUGGACGGGCCACGCGGGGAUUGGCCCGAAGCGCCGGGAAGGAUGGCGGCAAUAUUCACCGCCGGAGUGCUGGCCAGAAGCAAGAAAGGCGGGAAUCCGAAGACGCACGUAUUUGUGCAUGACUUUGGUGGAGAAGUGGAGAAGCUGUAUGGGAAUGAGUUUCUGUGUAAGCAGAAUUUGGUGGAGGAAAGUGAGACUCUGGGGCAUUACGUGCUGGAGAGGAUGGAUGAGAACAGUGUUCAGUACUGUAAGAACCAGUCUUCGUCAUCUUCUUCGUCUUCUUAAUCUUUUCAAGUGUUUGCCGUCAAGACUCUUAUUACUAUAAAGUUACUCAGUUAGUCCUCCUAGUCACAAACAGGUCAAUCUGGGUAUUUAUCAUGAUCCUUUUGGUUGCUGCUUCAUUUUGUUCAAAUAUUGCUUGGGGCUUGUAAAAAAUAAUUCUUUUUUUCUCCUCCUCCUUCCAUUCCCUUUUCUUCCACUGCAAAUUGUAAUCUCUUCAAAGAAUCCAACCAUUCAAAUUUCAGUUGAGAAUGUUGCUUUUAAUUUAGAGAAAGAUUGUGUAUUUGCUGUUUGCACUUUUAAA